AGAGAAAGAAGGGGUCGGAAAAAAAAAAGUGAGAAAGAGCCACAAACUCUUGUUUUGUCGAUUCCAGCAUCUCGCAGUUCUCCGUAUCCUCCAUAUUUCCCUAACUAUCGUUCGCUGCAACCACCCCUCGUCACAGUACUGUCGCUCGCUGAUCCAUUCUCUCUUUGCCCUACUGUCCCUUGUACCCGCUGUAUCGCCGCGUUUCGGAUCCCACCCAAAUAUCCUUCGUGCAGCAUCCUCGGGCUGGGCUCCAUAACCGCUCCGUACUCUACCUGCGCUAAACCGUCAGUCACUAUCCAUCCAUACGAAGGUGACUUAGUACAGAGUGCGAUCGCUUCUCCCCCUCCUCCACAGUCGCUAUAUUCGGUUGUCUCGUCUUUCUUUUCACGUCUUUGCACGUCGCAAACCUCGGUCUUGGUGGGUUGAAUCCAUCGCGAUUUUGAAUAUCCAGCCCUCAUCGAGUUGCGUUGCACCGUUGCCGCUGUCCAACUACAGCUUUACCUCGACACUCGUUCUGAAAUAUACCCCAAGCUGUGUUCGACUGCUUUAGCACUACCAGCCUUCACACUCGCUUUACCAUGGCAGCGGUUAACACCCCAUCGUCUGCUGCUGCGACCUCGCCCAACUACUACGAGCCAUCCUCGAGACCCUCCUCAAGACCGACCAGUGCAUCUCGCCAAAGCCCGGUUCGCAUUCCCAAUCUUGAUCAUGCUGAGGGUCCAGGAUUGCGCGAUGGGCCUGUCUCUCCUGUUCGUGUGAACUUCCAGCAGGGAGACUGGGUUCAGCCUUCAAAUGCUGAUGUGGAAUAUACUCCGAAGCAAGCCUUGAGGGGGGAAUUGGUCGAUCGUACUCUUCAUCCGCUUCCCUCGCCCCCAGGGACUGCUCCUCCUCCACCACCACAGUACGGUCGUAAGUCGCAGCCAACAAGCCCUCGAGAAUUACAUGACGGGGCCUUCAUGGCCGAAUCCGCCAAGACGACUCCGACGGAACGAGUUCGUGGUCAGGAUCAAUGCCGCAACAGUCGUGAAUCAGAUGAAACUGCGAGUUCAAACCCACAGCAGGUCUCGAUCGAGUCUUCGGCGACGACAAGUGCAAGCUCUCUUUCAGGUGUGAAUGAGAAUAUCGAGGGCCGGGCAUCAGGCGACUCUGCUGAAAGUUCAAUUAUUGAAAGCAACGUGCCUGAGGUGCCGCUCUUCCAGUACCAUCAUCAGAAAGACUAUCCGCCGAGAGCUCCUAACCCGGAAGCCGGGGGUUCUUCAACUCCUGAUUUGUCUGAGAGUGCUUCAAGUCUUGGCCGUCACCUUACUCCAAACCCGGGUAAUCAGAUGAGAACAUCCCUGCCUCGGCCACCGUCCUCAUAUUCCGUCUAUUCUGAUUCUCGUGGCCGCUCUCCAGGCCUGAUGCCAGGUGGCCCGCAGUCACGUAAAUCUCCCGAUGUUAGACUGUCAACUUAUGCAGAGUUGCUCAAUGCCCCUUAUCCUCAACAAGCUCCUGCGCCUCUGACUCCUGAUAACUCAAAUCUCCGAACUGUUAUAGGCAACAAUGCCUCUCUCCUCAGUACCCAAAAGACUUUGGACAUGUAUCGUGCGAACGUCAAGAAGACAAAUGACUCUUCGAUCCAGUACUCAUUUGCCAUCUUUCUGAUUUCAACAGCUCGGGAACAAGGUCUGGACUUUUCGGAGCCUAAAACUCGCAAGAACAGUCCGAAGCCUCAAAAAGGUCGUGACAGUCCAGCUGCUGAAGGUUCCGUCUCAAGCCCACAGGAGUUGGUUCGCGAAGCUCGACAAAUUCUGCAGCGUCUUGCUAGUGCUGGCUAUCCUUUUGCUCAAUACUAUCUCGCGGAUGGUUUCGCCUCUGGGCUUUUCAGUAAGGGUAAGGAGGACUAUAACUCAGCCUUCCCCCUGUUUGUUUUGGCUGCGAAACAUGGACAUGCCGAAUCUGGGUAUCGAACUGCACUAUGUUACGAGUUUGGCUGGGGCUGCCGAAAGGACCCUGCCAAGGCGGUACAAUUCUUGCGUACAGCUGCCUCGAAGCGACAUCCCGGUGCCAUGACGCGUCUGGGUAAGGCCUGUCUGUCUGGAGACCUCGGAGAAAAGCGCUAUCGAGAAGGAAUCAAGUGGAUGAAGCUGGCUGCUGAAGCUGCCGAUAUCCAAUACAACUCGGCACCAUACCAACUCGGUUGCUUAUACGAGAAUGGGUAUGGUGCAGACAUCUUCAAGGACGAUAACCAUGCUGCCGAGCUUUUUACCCAGGCUGCUGAACUGGGACACCCCGAAGCUAGCUAUCGGCUCGGCGAUGCUUAUGAGCAUGGCUUGCUCAAUUGUCCUCGAGAUCCAGCUCUUAGCGUACACUUUUAUACCGGUGCAGCUGAGCGGGGGCAUGCUGGCGCCAUGAUGGGUUUAUGUGCAUGGUAUAUGGUCGGCGCUCCACCAAUUUUGGAAAAGGACGAAGAGGAGGCCUAUGAGUGGGCGCGUCGGUCUGCUGAUUUGGGUUUUGUCAAGGCACAGUAUGCUGUUGGUUACUUCACAGAGAUGGGCAUUGGAUGUCGUCGCGAUGUCCUGGAAGCCAAUGUCUGGUAUGUCAAGGCUGCCGAUGCUGGUGAGGAGCGAGCCAAGCAGCGUUUGGCAAUUAUUCAAGCAGCCGUCAGCGGACAGGGCACUCCGAUGGAGGUUGCUCCUCCACGCAACGGAAAGAUACAGAAGAACAGCAAAGACGAUAAAGACUGCAUCGUGAUGUGA